CAAAAGGCUAUGAGAUAUUGAUUUCCUGUUGUUUUCCUGUUUUGUGCAAUUGUCUCCUGCUUUAAAUGACCAACAGAUGUACCAUUUCCUCUAAAUACAUGUAGUGUUUUCAUUGGCAAUUUACUGCUGUUUUAGAACUGUAUUACUUUAUAUCUAAAGGCUUUCAUUGUUGGAAACUGGGUCACUUCAAGGUUCAUCCCAAUCUUCUCACAUGCAAAAAAUGGCUGACACCACAGUGGCAGUCCGCAGAAAUUAUUGGAAAUUUUGUUUGGUGAGCUUUUUUCAUUUCAAUGUAUUGAAAAAAAAUCUUGGAUGUGGUUUUACCCUCAAGAAGUGCUUGAUUCAUCAUACUAGUAUCAGAAUAGGGUGAUUUUUCUGAAAAAAAGCAAAUUUUUUUUUUCAUGGGUUCCAUUAAAAAAGCUCACAGAAAAAUCGCUUACAUACACGUACCAAAUGAAGAUGUGUGUGGUAAGAUUUAAUCUUUUGUUUGAAGUAAUGAAAUCAGAAUUAAUAUUUUGAAACUGGUUUAUAAUUAUUGUGAAGUGAACCUAGCUUUACUGAAUAAUUUUCAAGCCAUACUUUAAAGUGUAACUAAGAGUUACUCUACUGAUUCAUGUUUUUUUUUUCCACAAUUGGUAUUGUAUUUUCAGCCUGGCUGUCUUUAAGCUGAACCAGUUUAUUGUCUAGUUGAUACUGCAGUUCAAAUUUUUACUUUUUUAUCUGGUAAAUGAACCACUUACUGAACCAGUUACUCUAACAAAGGGCUAACGCUUGAAACAUCAGCUUUUAAACUCUCUACGUUGAUCAAUUAAUGUCAUCAACUCAGUUGAUAAUGCUAAAUUAUCCUGUUAUACUCUCCCAUCAACACAGCACCACAGUUUCUUUAGAAACUUAACCCCUUUAUUCAGUUACUGUAUACAGCCAUGUACAUACUUAACAACCACAAGUAAUAUAUACAUGAAACAUGACUUGUACUUGGAUGUACAUGUUUAUUCAUUCAGAUUUCAUAAUAUUUAAAAGGAUGUUUCAAAUCUCCUAAGCUCAACUCCUUUGUACAGCUAGAGUACUCUGAUUUCAGUAAAAACAAGGCUAUUAUUUGGGAUUGUUGCUUUUCCUCCAUAUUUCAAUGGUUGAACUGCAUAAGAAAACUGUAAAAAUCUUUGCCACCCUAAGCAUAAAAAAAUAAUUUUAACUGGGUCUGAAUUGUACAUGAUUUUGCAGAUUUUGUUACAGUUUCUAGACAGGUGAAGUUUGAUAUGCUAAUUGCAAUUUGGUAAUUGGAAAAAAAAAAAACUUGUGGCUAACUUUACUCAUUUUUGAGCUGCAAGCAUGUAAAACUAAAAUUAAAGGUGUUUCUUAAAGGAUGUUGGUUUGCUUGUAUUGGUAACCUUAUUUGACCAAAGAAGGAUCUCAACUUGCUGAAAAUAAAUUAUUUGGCAUUCUUUUGAAUACCAUUCCUAAGGAAGUCCUGUAUAGAAAAAAGUGAAAUUCUUGUUUGCCAUUGUAACCAAUGCAGAAGUGCACUUCUCACUGUAGUAUGGUACACAAAUUAUUACUUCUGAAGCUGUUGAUUCAACAUUUUUAUGUAGUAAACUAGAAAGUAAGUUAAUGAAAGUAAAAUUAAGUAAUAGUUAUUUUUGUGUGUAUACACAUUUAUGCUGCAAACAGGAACAGUAUGGAAACAGGAAUUCAAUAGGAGAUAGAUUGUGGAGAAGUGCUGAAAUGGAGGUAAUGUAAUGCUAAUUGGUGUAACAUCAUUGAAAUGUGAAGUGUCUUUUUCAUUGUAAGAAAGAAAAAGGUAUAUAAUUUUAUUAAAAAUUAAUUUUUGGUUAUUAACUUCAUCGUAGAAACAGAUGGAAUAUUUAAGUAGUUUUCGUUUAACUUCAAAGAGACUUUUUCCGCUCCUUUGUGUCCUUAUUCAAAUAUUGCGAUAUGUGUAACAAUGGAACCUCACACCAGUUCAUAUUUAAAGACGGAUGGUAAAACUAAGAUACAAGACUAAGAAUUUUCUCUAAUUUAACAGCUUUAUAUGGACACAAAUAAUUGAUAAAUUUGUAUUGAACUUGUUGAAAUGGUGCAACAUAUUUUAGACAUUUAUUCUAUCUGAACUUUUCCUUUAUAUGUUCUGUAUCUAUAACCCUUCUCUAAGUAUUACAAGUCUAAGUCUAACAUCUUACUGACCUUUGAUUGGUGAGCAAAAGUAGCAUGAUAAAUAAUAACAUCUGAAUAUAAUUUUUUUAUUUUUCAUGCAAGGAUUUGUCAAUAGAUAAGCUGAAGAAAAUUAAGAAACUUUGAGAGGAAAAUGCGAUUUGCAUUGUUUCAGCAUGAGUUGAAUCUCUAGUUAGACUCUCAGUCUUUUGCGUCCCUUUCCCAUACUUGUAUUGCUUACUGAUUAACUAUGUAAUAUCUCAUCUUAACUGAGGGAAUGGUCAGAGUAACUUAAGAAUAAUUUAUGAAAUAGUAGACUUGAUACUAUGAGCGCUAACCUGUCAGGCAAAAGCCAUCUAAGAAAUGAUACCAUGUUGAUGCAGCAACUACAUUGUUUUGAUGAGUAAGGGAGAUAAAACCGCAAUUAGAUUUUUGCUUAUAAAGUUAAUUGUGUUCUUUGGUUCAUGCCUCUACUUAACACAUAUUUCAUUUUAACUACUGUGCACCCAGUAAUAUUUUUAUUCUUAUCCUGAACAUCCAUGAGAAGAUCAGAUCUCUGUAUACAAUAUCAGAAUGAUUGAAAUGGAAAUUUCAUUGAUAACUUAAAUGACAAUGUAACAUGCUACACCUAUUCCAUUUAACAGUUUAUCAUGAGCCACAACAUGCAAAUGACUAAAUGUAAGUUAAUUUUAGUGUUGUCUGCAGAGCUCUCCAUAACAGUGAUGGGCAAAGUGCCACUUUAACAAAUAGGUUGAUUAAAAAAAAAAUUAUUUAUUAUCAUCGUAAACCCUUUAACUCCCAGAAGUGAUUAACAUGAAACUUCUCCCUAUAAUAUCCAUACAUCAUCCAGCAAAAGGCACAUGAGAAUACCCAAACUUAUCAGGGGAAAGUUGUUACUGUGAUCUAAUACCAAAUUUGCUUACCUUAUUUGUCAGGAAUUGUGUAAAAGCUGGAGGGGUAGAAUAAACAGUCAGAUCUUGGGAGUUAAAGGGUUAAUUAUAAUUCAUGGGGGAAUUAUUUAGUGUUUUAAAGGUGACAUCCAUCAAAUAAUGAAAUAAUGAUGAUUUUUGUGAUAAUGAUAAAACACUCAUUUACUUGAACUAACUUGAAAUUUGUUAGUAAUGUCUGAUAGGAUAAUGACAUGUAUGCUUGAAUUCUAAAAAUGGUUUGUAAUACAACUGUAAAGUCAAUUCCUAACUACAGCUGCUGUCUUAAAAUUUUUGCUUUAGAAGAAUGUAUCAAUCUACAAAAGAACAAUGUAAAUUGUAUUCGUAUUUUUAUCUGUUACAAUAACUAAACUUAACUUCAUGCAGUUACAGAAGAAUAUGCAAUUCCUUAUUACCAACAAUGUCUAGAUGUCAUGUUGCAUGUUUUCCGUAAACUGCUGGUGAUAAAACAUUUAAUAAUUACUAAACAAUUGAUUUAUCUCUCUUCAUGAAUUAGCUAUUAAAUAUAUCUGUGUGUACUUUUGUCAACUGAAAAUAACUUUUUCACUGCAUUUUAUCACAGUUUCUUCAUCUGUUGUAAGUUAUUAUUUUUUAGUGAAUUUGAAAAAUUUCAUCUGUUAAUAAUGUAUUUUAUUUUAUUAACCUUCCCUUAUAUGUAAAAGAAGGGUUUGAUGCCAUUUUGGACUAAAGAAAUGGCAUUUGCACCAGCAUGCAUACAAAUUUCUCCAAACAUGUCACCAUGCAAAAAAUGUCAUUUUGUUGUGUUUAGAAAUUUUGAUACUGCAUGGCUUUAGCAUCAAUACUUUCUGCUGUUGCAUGGAGUAUUUAUAGUGAUGCACUUAAAGGAGAAAUAUGUACUGCCGAUUUCAGGCCAGAUGAGGUGUAACACCCAACAACAAUUCCUUUUUGACUGAAUGCUUUUGCAUAUUUCCUUUACUAGAAUCUACACGUUAAUGAUGACCACAAUGCAUUUGUAAUUCCUGGCUUGAAUUAUCCACAAUCAUGCAACUCAAAUGAUGAUGGUUUGCCGCAAGAACAACAGUCGUCAAGGGAAUGGGUCCUGGAGUGGAACAGAAAAAGUGACACCAGCGAGGUUGAGCACUAUCUUCAGCAGAUGCAGAGGUCAAAUAGCUCAUCAGCCCCUGAAACAAACUCAGAUUCGCCAUCAGGGAGUUUUGCUCGUAGUAGCUCAUUGCCAAGAACAGCAGGUCUGGAAGAGGAACAGAUGGAAAGUGAGCCAUUUGAAAUCCAGAAUUUGUCACGUUCACCAAGCAAGAAACUCAUGGAAAUGAGGCAGACCAGGGGUGAGGUGACAUCCGAUGAAGGGAUCGCAGAUGAUGGCAGAGGAGCAGGUCAAGUCUUUGUAAGUUUGAGCUACAGUGUACUUUGGUUUAGCAAAAUUGGGAGUUCAUGACAAUAGCAAAUGAUAACAAUUUUUGAGCUUUCAAUCUGAAAUUUCUUUUUGAAUGCUUGGCUUUCAAAGUACAUGUACUUCACAACAAGUCUCAAAAUUGUUUUUUAGCUGGUGCCAAUCAAGUUAUCCAGUCAAACUUAUUUUUGCUUGGAUAUGAGGCACUUUUGGCUCGACAAACAUCAAUUACUGUACAUCAUAUCUCAAGAAAUCCCAUCCUCUUUAUAAAACAAGUAUUUUUGCUACACUUUUAUUGUACAUGCAGUCUCAAGUUCAAUGCAGGAAAAAUUGAUACAGUGGUAUUUCAAACCUGAACUUAGCUUGGAAUUAAAUUUUUCUUUAAGUUUACAGACAAUAGGACAAAAUGUCCUGCCAUCCAAAAAGUUGAGUGGACAAAACCUGUAUUUGAGCAGACAUUGUCCACUGACCAAUGUACCAGUCUUGAUGUGUUUAAACAUUUUUUUUUUUAAGGCUCAAGAUGAUGAUGUGGAGGACAUGAUGGAAUAUGCAACAUCAGGUGAAUUUGUCUUAUAGUGUAUUUCUGUGGAAAGUUAUUUUUUUCAUCAUAAAAUGUUUAGAAAAUCUUAAGUAAGUUUAGUAAGUUUUUUUAUGGAAUGUUGAACAGUACUUUGCCCUCCAAAACCCUGGCCCAGACUUCACAUAUGUAAAACAUUAAUUUUUAAGAGGUUUGUAAAGGAGUUCCAGCUGACCUCAUCUGUAACCUAUUACUGAACAAACACACAGCAGUAUGGCAUCUAAUUGUAAAAAAGGUAACAUGUAGCAAACAGUUGCCACAAUGAUGCCUUAAAGGACUUUAAGUUGGCCUCUCCAAACUUUCUGAAUAGUUGACAAAUUGAUUAUUUUCUUUCAAUUUGUGGUUGGAGGAUUUGUUUAAAAGAAAGGGUUGUGGGAUGUCAAGUUCUACAGUACAAUUGUAAUGGCCUCUCUUAUAACCAAACCUUGGACUCUUUCAGCCCUUAAAAGUAACUGUCAGAUUUUUUUAUCUACACGUCUUAGCCUUCAACAGUGACAACUUGCACCCUCUCUCCCAUUGAUUGUUGUGGUACAAUAUCCCUUAUAAACAUUUGCGUUUCUCCUUCUUGUCAGAUGAGGAUGAAACCUACAUGUAUACCAACUUUCUCAAGACAAGAACUUGUUACGACAUCAUGCCGAAAAGCUCCAAGAUUGUAGUGUUUGAUACCAAGCUAAGGGUGAGCUAAGUCACUUGAUAGUACUGCACUGUUGUUGCGUCUGUCUUACUGUUGAAAUGUCAUUGAAAUGUUUGUCUGUUGUCUUAAGCUGCAUUUAAUAUUUUAUAAUUAAUUUUUAAAUUUUAUUUGCAUUAGGUUAAGAAAGCAUUUUUUGGACUGGUUGCCAAUGGUAAGCACUCUACGAACAACUUUGUUUGAAAUAUGUGCAUUAUUAAUGUCUAGUCUCUCAGCUUAUUCACAUGGCUUAUGCCCUAAGUACCAGAAUGUUUAAGUCAUGAGACAAGAUUAAACUAUUUGCUGGAUGUCAAAUGUUUUGUUUGUAUUUUUCUGUUAGGUGUUAGAUCUGCACCUCUCUGGGACAGUGAAAAACAUACCUUUGUUGGUAAGUGGACCCAACCAGAUCCAGACCUCCCUCUGUUUUCUCUCUACUGCUUCUUUUAAGCUAUUUAUUAUUUCACACUGAUUUUGCAUGGUUUACUUGUACUGUUUUAAUUGCUGAAAACUUGGAACAGGCUGCAGUAAAACCCUGCUAAUUCAAACUCCCCAGGGAAACAAAAAAAUGGUUUGAGGUUGUCAGGGGUUUGAGUUAGCUAGUAAAUGACUGAAAAAACAGGAUCAAGGGAAAUUGGAACUUUUUCGAGGUCAAUCAAAAACUAUAAAAAAAUUCUUGAAUGUGAUUAGUUAUUACCAGCCUGAUUUGAGCUCUAAUAGGACAGUGUACGUGUCAUGCUUGUAAUUGGACAGUGUCAUAGGAGAGUUAAAGGGAGAGUUAACACUCCAUGGCUGUGUGAGUGGACAGAACAUGUCAUGUGCUGGCAUUGUUGUCUCACAUUUUGCUAAGUUACCUUUUUUUUUUUUUAUGAAAACAUAAAGCUGAAGCCUAGUUUGACCUAGUUUCUUUCUUGAAUUUUGUCAUAGUUUUGAUUAAUUGGUAACAGGACUUUGUGUCAUCAAUUCUCUCUGUAACCAAACAAGUGAUUAAAAAAUCUGACUCCCGCCUUGCAGUUACCCGAUUUUGUUAAUCAGUUGUAUGAUUACAGACCAAAUUGGACUCCAUUACUAACAGGACUUUGUGUCAUCAAUUCUGUCUUUUGUGUUCUACUGUAUUUAUGUACAAAUGGACAACAUGGAGAACAUUCUUUGUUACAAAGUUAAUGUGUUCUGCUCUGGUUUGCAGGAAUGCUUACUAUUUCAGACUUUAUCAACAUUCUUCGGCACUAUUACAAGUCACCAUUGGUAAGAGCUGUAUUGAAUUAAUAGGUGCUGGUUAUACUAUAGUGUGCAUAAGGCAUGUGUUGCACAGAAGUAAUAGUUUUAAUCUAAAGUCAAUAACCUUUUGUUAUUCUUCAGGUCCAAAUAGAUGAAUUAGAGGAAUAUGAUAUUCAAGCUUUUCGAGGUAACCCUUAAACUCCCAUGAGUGAUCCAUACAGAAUUUCUCCUUACAAUAUUAAUACACUAUCAAGCAGACAAGCAAUGAGAAUAAAGAACAAUAUGAACAAGGGGAUUAUUAGUUGAUCCAAUACCAAAUUCUAUAUAAGAACAUCUUAAGAAUUGUAUGGCAGACAGUAAGGAGAAUCACUUUUUAAAAUAAAUGAGAUCUUAGGAGUCUUCAAGCAUUAGCUCUUCAGAAGUAUCAGCUUUGGGGACGCUCUACAGUGGCCAAGUUACAUUUACUUAUCAACUCAGUUGGUAAAACCAAAUUAUCCUGUUGUACCUCCGCCAAUGUAACACCACAGAUUUUUAGAAACUCACCCUGUUUGUCAUCACAUAUCUUUUACAACUGUGGUUGCAAUAUUAUUGUUCAUAACUUCUGGUUUCUGAUGCCUUUUUUUUUCUGUGAAGAUUAUGAUGAUUCCAACUUGAGGCCUGAGUUGAUUCAAAUAUCACCGAUGCAGAGGUACUGACAAUAAUGAUCUCCGAGUAAAGAAAGACUAAUAUUAUUUCAAAGUUAGUGGGCUACAUAUGCACCUGAAGUAAGUUGUGGUUUAACAUUAUUUUACAGUCUACUUGAUGCUGUCAAGACAUUGGUGGAGCAUAAAAUCCAUCGACUUCCUGUACUUGAUCCUGUAACAGGAAAUGCUCUUUAUAUCCUGACCCACAAGAGAAUCCUGCGAUUCAUGUUUUCAUCGGUAAGAUUAAAAGGUUGAGAUGUACAGUAGCUUUAAGAACACAGCAGUCAAACGUCUGCACGUGUACGAUUGUUUAAGUGGCUAGGUGGUGUGCAUUCAGGCUUUCAGACUCAUGUAGCCUCACUAGACAUAUAAAUGACCUUGCAAGCCAUGGUGUUUUAUACCGGUAUAACUUUUUGACAAAGCUAAAAAAAAAACCAACAAAAACAGGGUUAAUCAUCAAGAAACCCAUAGCUGAAUAAUCUUUGCAUAUUUACCAAAUGCAUGCCUAUAAUAUAAUGUGAUAGAGACUUACUGGGUUGACUGUUAGGAAUGCUGUGGGGUUUGUUUCCGAGUUUUAGGAAGGGUGUGGUGGAAAAUUGAAAUAAGGAGAUGGUUUGGCUUGUUUAGAAGAGCUACUAAUGUUUUAUCCAGUGCUCAGUGUAAAGUAAUUGGAUUUGUUAGUAGUAAGCUAAAUUUUAACAACUUGUAUUCAAAUAAGUGCAUGACUUUUUGUUGACAGUUGACACAAACCAGUCCACCAGAGUUCAUGAAUAACACACUUAAAGAACUUGGAAUUGGAACGCACCAUGAUGUAGCUGUGGUAGGUAUUCAUAGUGUAAAUGGUUAUGGCUGCAUCACAUUACAAUAGAAUUUCUCCCUGUUUGUUUUGUUGGGGUAUAUGAGGUCAUGAUGAUUUUCAUCACAAUGGAAGUGAAAAAGGAAAGCGAGCAUGUUAGUCCUGAUCAGAAUCUAGACACCAUGACAGAAGGGCCUCUUAAACUCAGAUACAAGUGGAUACUUUGUUGCUGUUAUCUCUGUUUUACAUUAAGGGUUAAUACUUGCUCAAGACUUAGCAAUUACUAUUGAAAUUUCUGACCCCUUCUGAUUACUUACCUUGGUCUUUUAAUAUGAUGCAUACAUAUACUCAAUGUUAUCCUACUUGCUAUUCCUAUUUUUCUGUCAUCUUUCUUAACAUUGACAAACAAUCCUUAGAUAUGCUGGUCUUUAGUUUGGCUGUAUCAUUUCUUAGAGAGCCAGCAUGUGACAAUGAGGGCAGUGAGAGAAAAAUUUUGUGUUUCUGUGGCUCUCGUUUUGCUGGUGCUGUGGACAAUGAUCCAAGAGAAUUAGAAAGUCUAUGCUUUUAUCUUUAAAUGUGAGUAAUUUUAUUUCUUAGAUAUCUCCUGAGACUCCACUGAUAACAGCCUUCCAUAUGUUUUCUGAAAAGAGAGUUUCUGCUUUACCAGUGGUUGACGAGAGUGGUAUGAUUUGUUUUCUCUGUUCACUUCUUAAGAUUUCAUUCUUGAGGAAAGUUAAACUAAGGAAACAAAGACAAGCUGAAGUCAAGAAUUUUCUUAAAAAGAGUGAUGCAAAAUUCUUUGAAAAGCAUUUAUUCUCAGUUGUAGUACUGUGGUACUGUAAUUAAUGUAAUAACCAAGCCUGUUCAGUCAACAUUUGCUUGAUAUACUUUUUGUCACUUUGGUAACUUAAGAAAGACUUUAGACUAAGAGUAGGGGUGUCUCCUUAAAUAUUGAAGAGAAUUUUUUCAUGUGAUAAUUGCAAUUCUUCAGUAAUUGACAUCAUUCUCAAGUGAACUUUGAAACUUGAGGUGUAAUUUGAACCUUAUUUCAAUGUUCUUUACUUUUAUUUCAGGGGUUGUAGUUGAUAUUUAUGCAAGAUUUGAUGUUAUUGUAAGUAUUCAACAAUUUUAAAUCAAAAUAGAUUAGUAUUCAAUUGAUUGUUGAAGUGGUUUGGUCAACCAAAGAUGAUUGUAUUUUCUUUGUAGAAUUUGGCUGCUGAGAAAACUUACAAUAACCUGGAUAUUACUGUAAAGAAGGCACUUGAGCACAGAGCAGAUGUAAGUCUGGUGUGAUAAAUGGAAUAGCAAAAUAUCCAAGCAUUCCUAAAUGUUAUCAUUUUACUGUUAACCCUUUCCCUCCCACAAGUGACCAAGAGAGAGUUUCUCCUUACAAUAUUAAUACAAUAUCAAGCAGGUAGGUGAUGAGAAUAGAUAAGAAUCUCAAUUAUGGGAUUAUUAGUUGAUCCAAUACCAAAUUCUCUGAACUAACAUCUUAAGAAUUGUAUGGCAGAUAGUAAGGAGAAUUACUAAUUAGAUCUUGGGAGUGAAAGGGUUAAACAAUGCACUUUUAAUUAAUCUUUUGACUCCUAAAGAGUGACUAGCAUCUAAUUUCCCUCAACAAUAUCCCAGAAUCAAACAUUUAGGUCAUGGGAAAUGAUCAUCAACCAGGGAAGCUCUUGAUUGCGAAACAAAUUUUCCUUGUCAGCACCUAAGGAAAUGGAGUUAUGGCAGUAUGAAAAAUAUGCAUACUGUUUUUAGAUGUGUAAAAGGUUAAUAUGAAUGUUGAAAGUAAUCCUUGACUGUGUUGUUUUUGCUUGACUGUGCUAUGUGAUUUAUGUAGAAAACCUGUACCACCUUUUCAACAGAUCAGGUACAAAUCUGAAACCAAUGGCCACCUGCUCGUUUGUAUUUUCCUGCCCUGCUUAAGACAUUUUGAUUCAGGCAUUUUUAACAUGAUACUAGGGCAAUUUUCCUUACAAAGGAAGUUCACUGAACUGAAGCUGACUCUGUAGACUAAAUGUCUCUUGGCCAUUACCGAUUUCAGUCAAUCAUAAUGAUGCAAUAAAGUUGUUCAAACAAUAUUUUCUUUGUUGCAGGGAUUUGAAGGAGUCCAUACAUGUUGCUUGGAUGAAACACUACACACCAUAAUUGACAGACUAACUGAUGCAGGGGUAGGCAACAUAGUGGCUUGCAUAGCUGGAGGUGUUAUGUACUCCAGUGUGGUGGCUAGCAUUUGCCAUGUGACAAUAAUAGUUUUGAAUGUUUUUGUUUUUUUUUUUUUCUUCAGGCCUCUUUGCUGCUCAUCAUUUAGCGCACUUAACCCUGCCAGCUGCUCAGUUUAGAAAGAUAGUAUAAACUGCUAGGCUGUUCAGUAUAUAGUCUCCUUAGCUAUUGCCUAGGCCAGUCACUUACAAUGCUUUUGGGAUUUGCAAUCAAAAUGCAUUCUAGUCUGUGAUUUUUUUUAAAUUUAAGAAACUCUCUAACAGUGUUUUUGAUAUCUUUGCUUCUAGGUUCAUCGUCUUGUAAUUGUUGAUAAAGAAGGUCACUGCAUUGGGGUGUUAUCUCUGUCAGAUAUUCUUAAGUUUUUGGUGUUGAGACCUUUGCAGGGAACAUGUAAGUAUGCAGUUUGUUCCCCUUUUUCAUUUCUUUGUUUUUUUCUAUUUCUUUAGUUUGUUUACUCCUUGGCUUUACCUUGUCGUUUGGUUUUUCAUUUCUUUGUUUUGUCAUCCUUUCUUCUGUUCCUUUGACUCUCUUUCAUCUUCAUUUAAUUUUUUUCUUUUUUUUCUUUGUGAUCCUUAUUAACUCAUUGCUUCCUUGCCGGCUUUCUGUCUUGUUCCUGGUUUAUUUCCCCUUUGUCUUUUUUCUUUCUCAUCAUCUCUUGGUCCUGGGUGUUCACUCGUUCAUAUGCCUCCUUGGGAACUGCAAUUGUUACACCAGGUGCUGCUGUAGUGCCCCGCUUAUGCAGAGUAAAUUUGCUUGAAGAUCUUUUAGUUAAUUCAGAUUAUGCUUUUCUAUUUUUCUUAUAAGUAGCUUGGAAUUCUUUUCAUUUUUGUUGCCUUUUCUUUGUUCCUCUUCUUAUAUCUUUGUUUUUUUUUUUUACAACUGGAUUGCAAACCCCUCCCUACAUCACAACUUUAUCUUGAUAAUGCUAUUCAUUUCCUCACAGCAUUCAGUAAUCACGCCCCUGGGCCUAUGGAAUAAUCAGCUUGGUGCUGAUUACAUAAAAAAAUACAGCAGUUAUCAAUGUAGCAGAGGAGUUGGUGGGAGACAAAUCUGUCAGGAAAGAUAAUGGGCAAAAAAUGCUUAAUUUACCAAGUUACAUGCUAUCACCUGAUUCCAAGUUGAUCAAAUCCUCUGGAAAGGAAAACCAGGGCAUUUACUACAUCUACUUGACUUUUGUUAGUAUAAUUGACCCAAGAAGUGCGUUCUUCAUCCACUGUUCUUCAACAGUGGAGGAAAGAGAGACAUAUUAGGUAGAUGGCAAAAAUAGAAAUGGUUUUGAAGAAGGAUUGGGAUCUUGUAGUUUGGAAAUAGGUUAAGUUAAGGGAAUUUUAUACUUUUAGCAAACUUUUGUGACUUUUAUUUGAGGUUAAGGUAUUGUAUGUAUUAAUUAAGAAGGGUUGAAGCAGGUUUUCUUUAUUUCAUUAAGCAUGCAAGUUAUCAUGGGCUUGGUCCAUGAAACUUCAAGGAAUCAUGAUGGAUAACUAUCAUUCCUUUUCAUCUUAACUAAGUUGACUUAAAUCCCUUGCUUUCUGCAUUUCUGUCUCUCUGUCGGUGGAGACUGGGGUCACUUCCAGUUACUGACCAAUGCUUUAAAGGAUAGAGGAAGGUAAUUCAGUCAGAUUGUUUUGGCCAUAAUUUGCUCUCUUAUUGCCGUAACAACUGUAUAUCCUCUUUCUUUCCCAAAAAAAUUCUCAAAUGAAAAGAUGUUGAAUAUUUUUACAUCCAUUUAUGGGCAAGUAGUACUAUUUGUAUCUGGACCAUUUAUAUUUUAAGCUGUCAGUAGUUUAUCUUGAUCUUUUGAGGAAAGUUCUUGAAAGAGCAUUGAUGCUGAUGUAUAUGGGAUCCCUGCAUGUGCAUGUCUCUUUCAAGACAGCUUUCUCAACAAGUGGAUUUUUAGUUUCUUUCGAAUAAAUUCCUUAUUAAUUACGUGAGGCAAUUUUUCUUGUUUUGCUUUAUUAUUCCACUUUGUAGAGUUUUGAUAAAGGUUUUAAUCAAAAUAAAUUUCAGGUCAGG